AUGGCUUCCUACAAAUAUGAGUGCCUCAAAUCCGACGAUGCCAUACGUCUUCUCAUCCUCCAACCUUCGGAAGACCUCGAAUCCGAGAUCCAUUGCAGCCUAAUCACAACAACGCUGACAGAGUGUGAAGAUGACAUUAUUGACGGAUAUACAGCUUUGUCGUAUGUAUGGGGCUCCUCGCUCGACUCUAAACAAAUAUACGUCGGUGGUAUACCAAUUCAUGUAACUCAAAACUUGUUCGAUGCCUUGCGAGAUCUUCGAGAUACAUACCGGACUCAGCGACUAUGGAUUGAUGCCAUCUGCAUUAAUCAAGCUCACGAGGCGGAGAGAAAUCAACAAGUCUCCAUUAUGGGCACGAUUUAUUCCAAAGCUAAGCACACUGUUAUUUAUCUCGGUCCCGACGAGCAAAAUCCAUCGUGUUUCGAUUUCAUCAAGCAGUAUUUGCUCGACCGCAAAAGCACCUACAUAGCGGGUUUCUUGGAAUUCAUCACACUUGAGGCCCUUUCUAGUGCAUGGUUCACAAGAGUUUGGGUACUCCAGGAACUCGUGAUGUCUCGCGAUCCUCUGCUUCAGCUUGGUAGAUCCCGUAUGCGAUGGGACACUUUCAACCAAUACCUAAAGCUCCGGCCUCUUUGGGCGCAGCCAUCUGUACACGAGCUGUCCUCCCAGGAAAUUGGCGUUGUUCAUAACACACUAGACAAUUUGCGAACACCGUUGCGCGGUGUUAACGACCUCUAUCGGCCUUUCCGAGAUAUGCACCUCGUGCGAAGCAAAUUUCAGGGGUGGAAGCUUAACAUUGACUUGCCGGCAGGUCUUAACCUGGGUGAGAUACUCCAGUCUAGACGUGGCUUUGGAGUACUAGAUCCACGCGAUAUGAUAUACGCCCAUCUGGGGAUGGUCCCCAACAAAUAUGGCCAGAAGGUUGACUAUGGACAAUCGGUAUCCCAAGUGUUCACCAGAAUCGCAAUCGGUCUAUUUUGUGAGAGCAGUGAUCUAUCUUGGUUGGGCAAAAUAGGCCGAGCUUGUUUAGGCGAUAAAAUUGAAGGACUUCCUUCGUGGGUACCAAACUGGACGUUACCAGUCGUCGAAGCACCUCAAUACCACCAUGAGCCUGGUUCUAUCAGGUACGGGAAAUUCGUCAAUUUCAAAGGGGCUGUCAUGUUGUUCUUAGUUAAUCGCCAGUCCAGACGGCCGUUGGCAUCAAGGAUCCACUGCGAUAAGCUUCCAUCACUUCUAGCACUGGAAUGUGAUUUUCUUGGAUGUGUAGCUGAAUUACUGCCCAUAGCGAAUCAAGAGCCAACAGACGAUCCCUACCAGGCUGAAGGUAUUUGGAACGACAAUUCGAACUUUCUUCAGGCAUUUCUGAAUGACAUGCAGUAUAUCAAGUUGGUUGUCCCAGCUUCUACCCUUCCUGGAGACUACAUUUGCACUACUACGACAAGCGACAAGAUAGGUGUGGUCUUACGGCCAAUCUGGCCGACAAUAGAAGCGUCUUUGGCUCAGGGUAUACUGUCUUGGUAUGCGCGACAUAGUGAUGCAUGGCAGAGUGAUGCAUGGCAGGGUACGAACCCGUGCGAAUUAAGUGAGGGACAAGACCCAUUGGGCCACGUGUUACACACUAGGCUGGUUGGAGAAUGCUUUUAUAACAGGCGUCAUCUAGGAAGACGCAAAGAAGAGACGCGUAUAGCAAUUCUCUAUUGA